UCCUUAACCGUAGCCUAAACGUCAAAAUUAGCAAAACAAAAACGAGGUUUUUCUUACACAACUUUUAGUUAAGUGAAUAGUUUUCAAAGAAUCAUACUUAAAUCACUAAAAUACCACCGCCGGUAAGAUGGCUUCGAUCCGGUUAUUCACCGCCAGCCCGAGCAAUCGAGUUUUCAUGGGAUACCUACGGUUUCCCCGUUUCUACGCGUCCCAAGCCACCAAAGGAACAGCUGAAGAGCCCUCUGCCGAAUCCGAUCUGCCGGUAACCUUUGUGGAAGAUGAAGAUCUACAAGCAGCCCGAGAGGCACGGAUCGAGCAGCUUCGGAAUAAAUCUCGCCUGUUGCCACAGCAUCGGAACAUGCUCCACAACCAGCUACCUUACGAGCAGUCCCAAUCGUGGAUUCACGAAACCGUCAAGUACAAACGCAUGAUGUUGGGUCGAUAUGGACUGGAAGGAAGCAAGGUCGAUCCACGUGUUUGCUUUCCCACAAAACAAGAAAGGCUCGAAAAAACCGAAUACGAACGCGUGGCUUACCGAAACACCCUCCAGGAGAUGAUGGCCGAGAACAAGAAAUCGAAGGAAGAGAAGGACACUCGGAUCCGGGCUCGUGAAGACGACGUAGCCAAAAAGAUGGAAAAACUGGACAAAUGGGUGGCUGAUUUGAAUGCCAGAAUCGCCAAGAAGGAAGCCGAAGCCCGCGCAGCCAAGGAACGAAAGGAUCGUUUGGUGGAGGAAGUGCGACGCCACUUUGGAUUCCGGAUUGACCCACGGGACGAACGAUUCCAGGAGAUGUUGGCCCAGAAGGAGAAGGCAGAUCGCAAGAAGGUCAAGGAAGCCAAGAGGAAGGAGAAGGAGGUCAAGAUGAUGGAGAAGCUGAAGAAGCGGACGGCCGAUCUGGAAGAUGGUGAAGGCAAAGCUUCGACAGAAGACGCUGAGGAAGUCGAGAAAAAGUAAGAAGAGUAUUGUUCAAUGUCAAGUGUAGCGAAUCAUGUUUUAUUAGAUGGGAAGAGAAUUGCUACUAAUAAAUUAAAAUAUGAUAAAG